AAUUCAGACCCGAAGACUUGCCAGCGUCCCUGCUAGAAACUUGCAUUUAGAAGGGGGUUGGAGACAGGCUUCGCUUAACGAAGAUUCAGGUUUAGGGAGGGUUCCGUUUUGGGGCUGGUAUUUGGUCCAAGAAAAUCGUACGAUCCAGGAAUGGAACGUGGAGGCCCAGCAUCUGAUGCCGCUCCAGCCUCCCCUGGUCCCCGAACUGAGCCACAUGAGGGAAGCCCAGCUGCACACGGCCGAGGCUUCUCUCUGGAGUGUGGUGGCCACCGUCCAGGCCAUGGAGAGGAAGAUCGACGUUCUGGCCACCCGGCUCCUUAGCCUGGAAGGACGGUCGGGGACGGCUGAGAAGAAGUUGUUGGACUGCGAGAAGACCGCGAUGGAAUUUAACAACCAGCUGGAGAGCAAGUGGGCCGUGCUGGGGACCCUGAUCCAGGAGUACGGGCUGCUCCAGAGGAGGCUGGAGAACAUGGAGAACCUGCUCAAGAACCGGAACUUCUGGGUCUUAAGACUGCCCCCGGGUGCCAAGGGAGAAAUCCCAAAGAUGCCCGUGACCUUUGUGGAUAUCGCGGUGUACUUCUCGGCCGAAGAGUGGGAGAACUUGGCCGAGUGGCAGAAGGACCUCUACCACAACCUCGUGAAAGAAAACUACGAGUCCUUGCUGACCCUCGGAGCAAAUGUGAAUGUUUCGAAGGCGGACCCGCAUUCCAGGGUGGAACGGAGGCCAGAGCCUUGCGCCUCAGAGCAGCAAGCUACGAAGGAGCAGGAUCUGGCCCCGGACCCUUGCACAGCAGAACCUUUGAUGUCGACCCCUGACAUCCUGACCCGCAUCAAGCAAGAGCAGCCGUUUGCUGGAGGAGGGUCGUAUCCAGAUGAACGAGGGAUCCCUGCUGAUCCUUGUGCAGGUGAAGGCAUGGAUGGAUGGAUGAGUUCGUUCGUUCGUUCGUUCGGGGCGGCCGACCGGCGCCACGGCUGCAACGAGUGCGGAAAGAUGUUUGGGGUGAAGAAGAGCCUGAAGGUCCACCAGAGGAGCCACCACGGGCCGGAGCGCCCUUACGAGUGCGCCGAGUGCCGGAAGAGCUUCAACUGCCACUCGGGGCUGGUGCGCCACCAGAUGACCCACCGGGGCGAGCGGCCGUACAAGUGCGAGGAGUGCGGGAAGUGCUACAGCCGGAAGGAGCACCUCCAGAACCACCAGCGCCUCCACACGGGCGAGCGGCCCUUCCAGUGCCCCGUCUGCGGCAAGCGCUUCAUCCGCAAGCAGAACCUGCUGAAGCACCAGCGCAUCCACACGGGGGAGCGGCCCUACCAGUGCGCCGAGUGCGGGCGCAGCUUCCGCUACAAGGAGUCGCUCAAGGACCACCUGAGGACUCACGGCGCCGAGCCGGCGGCCCAGCGGCUCCUGCCCUCCUUGGGCGGGGACUCGCUCUCUUGACCCGGGGCGGUCUAGGGCACGGAGGGCCGCGUCGCCCACGGGAUCCCCACCUCUGCUUCGCUCGGCCCUCCCUCGCCCGCCCUCCGUGCCCAGUUCUGCAAACUGCAGCUGGAGCCAGGGGGAGGGAGGGAGGUCAGCUAUGGAAAAACAGCUGGACUCGGAGGGGAAGGGGGCCGCUGGGGAGGAACAUCACCCCGAGGUCUCCAGCAGCUGUCCACAUCCGGAUACAGACCAGGGGAGGUGGGCGUCACGGGCUCCCCUUUCUGUUCCUCUCCUCCUCGUUCGUGGCCUGGAGAGAAAAAACCGACCGGAGACUGUUGACUUCAGCAGAGUUGGCCGGAAUUGUGACGGAGGCUGAGAACCUCACCGCUUCUCACAAAAGAAGGUUUCUGGGCCCCUUGUCCCGCUCGAGAGGCUCAGAAACUGACCUCCAAAGGCACCCGCACGCCCUUCCAAGAGAGACCGGCCAGUUGGUCAAUGCCACAAUGCUUUCUCUGGCCAUUUCAGGGAGCAAGAGCGUGGUUUUUGGUUUUGGGAGGGUGCCGCAUGACAGCUCUAGAACCACCCGUCUUAGAAAUGGACCCGUGGCAGGAGUGUUUUUUUCCUUUCACUGGGUGUGUGUGUGUGUUCGAGAAAGAAUGCUGCAUCUCUCUCUCUCUCUCUCUGGGUCAACCCGUUUGUGUUGCUCACCUCACACUCCGCCGGAGUCGUCGGAGGCGAGCGACGCCUCUGGCUUUGUUCUUGUCUCCCCACAGUGCCUGCCUGCUCUUCCGUUCCUGGCUUCCAAACAAUUUCACGGCAAACACCUCCUUCUCUCUCACCCCCCCUCCACGCCUCACCCCGAUGUUUCUCCACCUGCUUUCCCAGAUAAUAUUUAUUCACGGUCUUUCCCCUCCGACACUUUUAUUAAACUCUCAUGAAGAUGCAGUCCUCUCCCGUUUCAGAAAUUAAAAGCGAAAACCGACGGAAAUUAUUUCCAGGUGUAGUUUUGUAUCAAAGGUGCAAUUGAAAUAAACAACAAAAAGGAAAUGGAAAACGGUG